AUGGAGAAAAAAAGAAGAGCCAGAAUCAAUGAUAGCUUAGAAACUCUAAAACAAAUACUACUUCAAUCAAAAACAGACUUACAAGAAGCUAAAAAAGGCCAAAGAACAGCUAAAUUAGAAAAGGCUGAUAUUCUUGAGAUGACUGUGCAGUAUCUACAACAACUUCAAGAAAAAGAUAAAGAAAAUCAGCCAAAACCUAUGGGUGUUAAACAAAACUUCCCAGAAAGUGCGACUUUAAUGAAAAAAGUUUCAAAUCAACAGAAGCCCUUACGGAUAUGUUCCAAUUCGGUACACAAAGAGCCAGUUGCCAUUCGACCAGCUGAUAGUUCAUCCGAAAAGGUCAACUUGGGUGUUAGACUUCUUCCUACACAAUUAAUUAGUGGACAGGUUGUGUAUUUGUUACCUUCUACCUUAAAUGUAAAUAAUAUAAACUCAAACUACGCGGAUAGCAAAGACAAAGUGUGGAGACCUUGGUGA